UUAGAAGAGAGAGAUGCAAUUAUUCAAAGAAAACUUACUAGAUAUUCAACGAACACUUGUAAACUUAUAAUUCUGCACAAUGUUUCAAUGUAUUAUGUUUCUAUGGAAAUAACUUUGUUAAAACUGUGUUUUCUAUCUCGCAAUAACGUGCAGUAAAAAUAUGUGCAACAACGUACUUUGAAUGUCUCCAAAUUUUCAACGUAAAGAACAAGUAUCUAAGUACAUGCGGCCCUUUAUCGAUGCUAAUGACAUGUCACAGUUGUUUAGUUCACAGAGGGGAAAUAAAAACCCCUAUAAUUCAGUUUCCUCGUGCUAAACGACGUAACUAUAAGCGUCACGCACAUUCUUGUUGUGAACACGUGCAUUAUUAAUGGCUACGGUGUUCACUCAGGAUAGUGAAAAAAGUAAGUCUGUGAAGUUUCUGCACAUGAUACAGUUCAUACUGUAAAUUGCUAAGGGUAAAAGUAUGAUCACAUUGUAGUCAUGAUCAGAGAGAGAGUUAAUUCCGCUAUGAUUACUAAUAUAAUUCUCUCGACGCGUUCGGGAAAUGAAGAUUACAAUUGGGUUAUUACAUUAAAUCGAUCUUGCUUGGGCUUGUUUGGGGUUUGGCCGGAACCUGACGCAACUCCACGAAGGAAAUUAAUGACGAAUAUACGCGUGAUUGUCAUAUUAAAUAUAAUUAUUUGGAGUAGCAUCAUUCCAACUUUCCAUUCUUUUAUCAGAAUAUGGGGCAAUAUUAUGUCUAUGAUAGAUAACUUGCAAUACAGUUUACCCCUUUUAAUAUCAGUUAUGAAACUUGUUCUCUUAUGGCGGAAAAAGGAAGUUCUCAUACCAGUUUUACAAAUGGUUAAAGAGGACUGGAUAAAAUCAAAAUCAGAAAGAGAAAGAAUUGUUAUGCUACGACAAGCGCGAACGGCACGUCUAAUCAUAAUUUGGGGAUAUUUUAUAAUGUUUGUCUCGUUCAUUAUUGUUGUAAUUCUUCCUUCCUUUAAUAUAUCGAUGAGAUAUAGAACAAAUAUUACUGAUCCGGGCAAAAUAUUGCCGCUGCAAACAUAUUACAUGUACAAUGUAAGUAACAGCCCGUUUUACGAGACUACUUUCAUUCUACAAGGUUUUAGUUUGAUGGCAGCCGCCGCUAUGUACUCCGGCACGGACUCCUUCAUGGGUUUUCUAGUCUUCCAUGUAUGUGGUCAACUGGAAAAUUUCAGGAUGCGUAUUCUGAAUUUGGAUAAAUUUAGUCACUUUGAGAAAGCGCUAUCUUCUAGCGUGCAAGAACAUUUACGUCUGAUCAGAUUCAUUAAAGUCAUUGACAACACAUUUAACUUGAUGCUGCUUGGUCUGCUCAUUUAUUUUGGCGUACUUUUUGCUCUGUUUGGAUUUUUAAUUAUUACCGUAAUGACACAAGGACGCGAUCUCUCCAUCGGUCGACUUAUUUACAUUCUGACGGCAUUUGUUAAUACAUUUACACAUAUGUGUCUUUAUUGCGUGGCAGGCGAAUUUUUAGUUAUUCAAUGUGAUGGAAUUUACGAAGCUACUUACCACUAUAAGUGGUAUAACCUAAAGCCAAGGCAGACUAGAAAUUUAUUAAUUAUAAUGAUGCUGGCCAAUAAACCACUGCACCUUACUGCGGGAAAACUUUUUCCUAUGACAAUGGCUACAUUUUGCAAUUUGUUAAAAACAUCGGGUGGUUACAUAUCAGUUUUACUGGCACAUCGUAAUUAAAUUUAAAUUACAUUUAACUAUAAAACAAAUUCA